AAUAGCAUCUCUCUUUUUCGUCUCUUCUCACUUUGACAGAAAAACGUCACCCUGCCAAACAACCGCUUUACAGGAAGGGUAUGCCUUUGUUUUAUUUAUUUGUGCAUGACAUUCAUGUCGCUUAGCCGCAGCAAAGCAAAGCCAAGCCCAACCACAAGAACACCACAUAAUUUUGCAAUCAAUCGAUCAGUCUACCCUUUGAUCUGAUCUGACUUGAUCUGACUUGAUUGAGAGAUCUUAAGUUAAGCUUUAAUAAAAGAAAGAUGGAAGUGGUAGUAUCAAACUCAGGCUCAAGCUCAGGCUCAAGCAGUCCAAGUGCUGAAGAAGGGAAAUCCAAAUCUUCAGUCAGUGCUUCAGCUGCUUCGGCUAAGUCCAAAGCCUCUACAGCUGUAACUACCAGCACAACUACCUCAACUACUAGACAAGUGUCAACGUAUGAUUUGACUGGCAACUCUCCCACUGCCACAGUCACCACGACUAGCAUUCCUUAUACCCCUUCUUCCAGUUCCAACAAUCUUAUGCACACUGCAUCCGCAAUGCAGCGAGCCAAAGCUAGACGAGCUAGUCAAAGUCAACAGCUCAAGCUUCGCAAGCAGCAGCAACAGCAGCAGCAUUGCGGUGGCCACGAUGCUAGCUUUCCUGUGAAACUCCAUCAACUGCUCAGCACGUCGGAUCCACGAGUCAUCCAGUGGCAACCGGACAAUGACGGAAGAAGUUUCUGCAUUCUCAACUGCGACGCCUUUGAACGAGACGUUCUACCUAGGUUAUACCGCAAUGCCAAUGUAGAAAUGUUCGGACAGUUACUCAGUUUGUACGGAUUUCAGAGGGUAGAUCAUGGCCCCUACGAAGGAGACUACUACCACGCCAUGUUCAUGAGGGACAAGCCUCAGUUGGCACACAUGAUCCGAAAGAUGCAAGACAGUCCAAAUCCAAGCCCAACGUCUGGACCCACUGCCUACCCUUCCAUGUCCAUGGGCGGCUUCAGCAAUCAGGCAUUUUCCUCUUCCAUGCACGCCACUGUCACAUCACGACUCGUCGGGCUCAGCUUUCCCUCAAGACUCCACUAUUUGCUCUGCCAUGGAGUCUACGACCUGGGAUUGGAACGGAUCAUGAGCUGGCAACCGGGAGGUCAUUCCUUUGCCGUACACAGCUCCGAAGACUUUGAAAUCCAAGGGCUCGCAGAAAUGCUGGGCACUCCGGGGCAUGCGUCCUUUCGAGCACAAUUGUUCCUACACGCGUUCCAACGGGUACAAAGUGCUGCGGGCGACGUGGAGGCGUACUAUCAUCCAGAUUUCGUCCGGGAACAGCCACAGUUGUGUCGUCUCAUUAAAAGUCGAAAUCACAUCAAGAGUUCCUUUAUCCGUGGUGGUGGAGGAGGACCACGACCCACUUCGGCUCCCUGCACUCCCAAGGUCACCCGGCACAGGUCCAUUGUGUCUCCCAUGUCCGACACGUCCACCAAGUCCAUGAUUGACAAGUUGCCCGACGGACUCUUUUUGGAUUCGCAGCAGUCUUCCUCAGGUCAGGAGCAGCAGCAGCAGGGACGACUACUAGUCGAACUCCCACCAUCAUCAUCAUCACCCACCACUGCAGCAGCCGAAGAGACACACGAUGCCGAUUCUUCUGACGGUGCAGCAGCCAAUAAUAAGUCUGCUAAUCGCAAAAGGGCUCGGGUGGGACAAAUGAUGGCACAAAACUACUUCCCCUUCAAGCUACAUUCCCUACUCACAUUGUCGGAAAAGUUUGGAUACCAAAAUAUUCUCUGUUGGGCUCCUCAUGGGCGAUGCUUUCUCGUCAAUGACAAGGACUUGUUCUGUGCCGCCGUCUUGCCCUUGUUUCGACACUCCGAGUUCGCUUCCUUUCGAGCACAGCUCAAGGCGUAUGGAUUUGUCAGGAUUGGCAAGUCGGGACCCGACAAGGGAGCCUACUAUCACACGGCCUUUUUGAGAGGACGACCAGAACUAUGUGCCAAUAUUACUCGUCGACCCAAAAAUGUUCAUGGGACUGUUCGGGGACGACCCAAGGGCCGCCACGAUAAUAAUGUCGAACCCGACUUUUAUCGCAUGCAGUUCCUUCCCGAUUUGAACAUCGCAUCAGUCAAUCCUCCUCCUCCUGGUAGUAUCAAGGAUGUGCUCGAGACGGCUCUGACUCAAAUCAUUCCACCACCAGUGGUGACACGAGAGGUCAGCAGCAGUGGAUGUCAGAGUCCAAGUUCUCCUACCACCAGCAGUCGUCAGAUUUGCAACCUUUUGGAGGAGAGCAGCAGCAGUAUUGGCUCCCACCACAGCAGCAGCGGCACUGGUGGUGUGGCUGCCGCCCCUCGUCAUGCCAAGUACCUCAAGCAGCAUGGUCGUGAACAGCCCUUCCCUGUCAGGCUUCAUGCGUUCCUCAGUGAUUCUCAUGAGGAGCAUGGCUUUGGCCGUUUGGUAACGUGGCAUGAAUCUGGUCGUGCCUUUGGCAUUGUAGACGAGAAACAGUUUGAACAGAUGGGUUGUGUCAGGUGGCUGGGGUUGACAUCACUUGCUCACUUCAAGGCAGAGUUGGAUGCGUUUGGCUUCAAGCGUAAGCCGACGGGAGCCUAUUUCCACGAGAUGUUCCACAAGGCACUGCCUCACCUGUGUCGCUGCAUCAAGCGUGAAGUGAUAUCAUCCUCUAAUAAGUUAGCAGCCAGCGGUUGCAGUGAUGUCUCUUCAGUUGGGUCUCACUCUGCAACCGGUGCAGUCAAAGACACGAAGGAGGACACGGCUACGCGGCUUGGCGGCUCUUCCAUCUCCAUUAGCAGCUCCAACUCGUCUGAUCAGGACCAUCGUACCUGCAGUCCUGAGAUGGAGGUCGCCAUUGCACUGACAGCCAUGGACGACCGCAGCAACGCGAGUGGGGAGAUGGAAAUGCCCUCCGUGUCCAGCAUUGCAAUUCCAACAGAGCCAAUGUCUCCUUUGAAGACGGAUGAUCACUCGUCCCAAUCUCCGGGCACGAGCAGCAUUGGUGCUCUAAAACGGCGACUGUCAUCUGCACCUGCCUUGCCUCUCUUGGCCCUGGCAGCCAGCAACAAAAGGCAGAAGAAGCAGGGCAAGUCGGAAGACACUUCGAUAGUUCCCAAACGCCGACAAAUGAGUGAUCCACCAGGCCGCUACGAAAUGGAGCAGCAAGAGGAGCGACGCAAGGCGAAGGAGAUGGAGGAAAAGGCGAACAAGCUUGCUACGACGGCUGAGGAGCCAAAUGCUCCUUCCCAGGACGAGGGCACAAGGAAAGCAGAAAAGCCGACCGGGGCAUCAAGUAGCAAUGACGAAACACCCCAGGAACAGCAAGCCAUCGCCGACAAGGAGGAAAACAUCCUGGAAGUGACCGGAUCCGACAGUGACAAAGACGCGGUACAAGCAGCAGAAAAGGGAGAAGAAGGGAUUAUCGACAAAACCAAGCGCCCCUGCCCAGCUUUCAUGGCCGACACGACAACAGAUGCAGUUGCUGUCGAGCCAAAGCCACCAUCAGAUCAUCCGAAAGAGUCUGUAGCCAAGGUUGGCGCGAUAGGAGUGGAGGCAAAAGGGGUUAGUGACGCCCCCAACCAUGUGAGCGUUUGAGCAGAAGAUUGCUCGAACUAUUCUUGCGUUCAUUUGAUGCAUGCUUGACAGAAAGUACACAUAACUUCUACCGGAUAAAUACUAUGUUAGUCGAUGCAUUUAAAAUGGC